AUGGCUACUAUCCAGCCAAAUGACUCUCCUGAAUUGAACACCAUGAGUCGUCAGACCGAACAGGAAGAUCUUGUUGGACGUGAAUUUCUCACCUAUUCCUCGCCAGAUCUUCCAACUCGUCAUCGCAUCCUGGCCUUACUAAGAAUAACUGAUAUCGAAGAUAUAGCUACCCCUGCAGAAGACGGGCAGUUCGCCUCUGACUUUUACCUAAAUGCCCACGGAAAUCCACAAGACGAGAGCAAGAUCGUUCUUGAUUCGAGCAUUCUUCCACGAACCAAUGCCACAGGGAACAUCCUAGUGGGUGAGCAAUUCCUUGGAAGGAUCUGCGGAGUCUGUCGUUUUGAAACACCCCUCGAUCUUUGA